UUCUUCUUAUUUUCAUUUCUUCAGAAUUAAUUCACACAUUAUAAUAAAAGACUAUUCUUACUGUCUUACUAAUUCAUUAUGGGUAGAGCCUGAGGCUGCCAACUGAAGUUCAAUGUGUUUCAAACCAAACAAAAACAUUCCUAUUUUUAAAUGUAAGUACUGAAACAUCAGAGGUUAUAUUGAGGUAAGACUGCUGUUUGAAAGAUCAAUAACGUCCAUAUUUCAUUAGAUUUACAGUCAGCCCACACACUGCAAGUCUUUAAAGUGCUCAGAAAGAAAAAAAAAAAAACAUUAACUGUCUACCCUGACAAAAAACAAAAACAUAAAAAGACAAAGGCCUAGAUGAAGACCAUGCUAUUACAUGUAAAGCUCACAACAAUGUAAUGAGUGGUCUUUAAGGUUGUUAUUUUCUUAACAUCCUUUGAUUUAAAAACAUGACAAGAUACAAGAUGUUAGGCAGGAAUGAAAAUAACAAUGAAAAUUGCAAAAAAAAAAAAAAAUGUUUAAAAAAAAAUGUGCAGCCUUCAUGAGAAAAUGUUUAGAAUUAAAGAGAGGCAAGUGUUGCGUUUGGGCAUUUGAGUUAUUUAAACUAUUUUCUAUUCUUCUACCUAAAUUAACAGGAAAGUUAAAAAGUAAAACAUAUGCAGUAUAUGUUACUGCUUAAAGAUAAACUUAAGAAAUCUAAUUAUUUUUCAAAAAAAACUUGGAGAAAAAAAUUAAACAUUUUUCUAUUGAUCUUCUCUUGGGACAUUUUCAUAAUGGACUAAACCACGCGACAGAAAUGUUAACUCCCCUUCAUUUGUGUCUUAAACAGGACACGUGCUCGUCCAUGGUGGGAUUAUUUGUUGCCCCACACUGAACACAGACGGAUUGUGUGUAGAGGAGCCGGGAGAUGUCAUCCUCACUACACCUGUGCUGCCGCCUCCUGGACGGACGCGACUCCUUCGCAGCGACUGUACUAUAAGUGAACGGACAGCUUAUGAGCCCCACUCAAAGCGAGAGAACCCACACACACGGAGCGGGGAUGGCGAGGAUACCACUGCUGCACCUCCGCGUCCUCCUCGCGGGGCUUUUACUGGCAGACCCCCUGACUGUCCGGGCGAACAGAGGGGCGACGUUGCCGGACGAGGAGAGAGACAAAGAGAGCGACGCGGAGACGCCAUGUGAGGUGAAAUCCGUUACCGUGUCUACGCUGCCCGUACUCCGGGAGAACGAGUUCAGCUUCACCGGCGGAGCCUCGGGGAACGUGGUCGGAGGAGGAGGCGGAGGGGGUGCUGGUGCUUCUUCUUCUUCUACUGGAGCAGGUGGAGGAGGAACUGGGGGAGGAGGAGGAGGAGCAGCAGGAGGAGGAGGAGGAGGAGGAGGAGGAGGGGGGGAAUCCCGACUCCUGUUAUUCGUUAGGACCGACCUACCUGGGAGAAUUUCCGUCAUGGAUGAUCUUGACAACACCGCGCUUCCGUACUUCACGCUGGAGAUGUCUGGUACGGGAGAGGAUAUUUCUCAGGUUCACUGGAAACAGCAGUGGUUGGAGAAUGGGACGCUGUUCUUCCACGUGUCCAUGACUGAGUCUGAGCUUCUGCCUCAGACAACACAGCCCACAGCCCGAGAGCCUGCUCACGUCCUACACGAACACAUGCAUCUGCUGCACAUCUCUGUCAUGGGUGGCCUCAUCGCCCUCCUCCUCCUAAUUCUCCUCUUCACCCUCGUCCUGUACACCCGCCACCGGUGGUGCAAGCGUCGCCGGAUCCCCCAGAAGAGCGCCAGCACCGAGGCGACCCACGAGAUCCACUACAUUCCCUCUGUGCUGCUGGGGCCCCAGGGUAGGGACAGCUACCGCGGCUCUAGAGGGACGCACCAGCAUGGGAGCUCCGUCAUCGGCAUGCCGAUCCGCGAGACCCCCAUUCUGGAUGACUACGACUGCGACGAGGAGGACCCCGGUGGACACUCGCAUAACUCCACGCCCAACCAGCUCCACAACAAGCUGAACGAUGGGAAGUGCCAGGAAGACUAUGGAGUUAAUAUUGGCAUCGGAGGACACACUGACAUGAUGUGCAACCAAAAUGAGAUCAAGCGUAAUUUUGAUAAACGAGCCAUUGACCCAAACACGGAGUCGGUGGAAGAUUUAAUGCAGAGGUUCCAGGACAGUUUCCGUGUUCCCAACACGCCGACGGACAUGUCUCACUACCAGCAUGUCAUGCACAGCUCAUCGACAGGCCGCCGGAGGGUCCCCAGCCACACCAGAGUAACUGGAGGCGUGUUUGGACCUCAAGGAGAAUCAGGGUCGGAGCCUGAAGAUGACGGCCAAAUGAAGUUUUACACAGAGCAGCACAGAGGAAGAAGGCGCAGCAAAGGGCACCCACACAGUCCUCUGAAUAAGGUCACCCUGACGUUGAUCACCAUCAGCACAUGUGUCACUGCCAUUGUCUAUGCCACGCAGGAUUCCUGCCCUCUCACCGUCAAGGUCACCCUCCACGUGCCGGAGCAUUUUGUCGCGGACGGAAGUAGUUUUGUGGUGAGCAUGGGCAGCUUCCUGGAUGUUUCUAACUGGCUAAAUCCAGCCAAGCUAACCCUCUACUAUCAAACCAACUCGUCUACACAGUGGGUCCAGGACUACUGCGGCCAGAGGGCUACUGAACCAUGUGAGCAGAUCUGUGACCAGGAUACAGGAGAAUGCAGCUGUCACGAGGGUUAUUCCCCCGAUCCCGUCCAUAAACACCUCUGUGUUCGCAGCGACUGGGGUCGAAACGAAGGUCCUUGGCCAUACGCUAACCUGGAGAAAGGCUACGACCUAGUUACGGGAGCGCAAGCCCCAGAGAGGAUAUUCAGAUCAUUCUACAGUCUGGGUCAAGGGUUGUGGCUGCCUGUCAGCAAGAGCUUCGUGGUGCCACCGGUGGAGCUGUCAAUCAACCCCAUCGCCAGCUGUAAGACGGAUGUGUUGGUGACUGAAGAUCCAGGGGAGGUCAGGGAAGAGGCCAUGAUGUCCACUUAUUUCGAGACUGUGGAGGACCUAUUGGCAUCUUUCGGACCGGUUCGGGACUGCUCCAAAGAUAACGGUGGCUGCAAGAAGAACUUUAAGUGUGUGUCUGACAGGCAGUUAGAGUCAUCUGGCUGUAUGUGUCCUCAGGGGCUGAGGCCAAUGAAGGAUGGCUCAGGUUGCUAUGACUACUCCAGGGGCAUUGACUGCACGGAUGGCUUCAACGGAGGCUGCGAACAGCUGUGUCUCCAGCAGCUCGUGCCCCUCGAAGAUGACCCCAGUUCCAGCAACGUGCUCAUGUUUUGCGGGUGUGUGCAGGAGUAUAAACUGGCAGGGGACGGCCGCUCCUGCCUCCUGCAGUCAGACAACUGUGAGGGACCAAAAUGCCCAAGGCAAGAUGCUCACUUCAAUGACACCCUGUUCGGUGAGAUGCUGCAUGGAUACAACAACAAGAGCCAGCAAGUCAACUUGGGACAGAUAUUCCAAAUGACCUUCCGGGACAACAACUUCAUUAAGGACUUUCCCCAGCUAGCAGAUGGUCUCAUGGUCAUCCCUUUACCAGUGGAGGAACAGUGUCGGGGGGUUUUGUCUGAGCCCCUUCCCAACCUGAAGCUCCUCACAGGGGAUGCUCAGUUCAGUGAAGCGGUGGGUUAUCCUAUGGUGCAACAAUGGAGAGUGCGCAGCAAUCUGUACAAAGUCAAACUCAGCUCCAUCACCUUAUCCACAGGCUUCUCUAAGGUGCUGAAGACGCUGUCAGCGGAGAGCACGCGCGAGGAGCUCCUGGCUUUCCUCCAGCAGUACGGCAGCCACUACGUUUCCGAGGCCCUGUACGGCUCCGAGCUCAGCUGCAGCAUCUACUUCCCCAGCAAGAAGGCGCAGCAGCAGCUCUGGCUGCAGUACCAGAAAGAGGCCACCGACCAAGGGGUUGUCGGGGGCGGGCGACGCGAGCUGAAGUCGGUCCCCUUCAUCAGCUACCUGUCGGCGCUGCAGAAGAGCCAGCUGCUGUCUGACGACCUGGUGAGCGGCGUGGAGAUCCGCUGCGAGGAGAAGGGGAGCUGUCCAGCUGGCUGCCACCUGUGCCAUCACCAGGCCCUGAUGGGGGGAGUGACGGGGAGAGGCCAUGCUGGGAGCAGCAGGAGCGGGGAGCAGCCUUCCCCCAUCCCCGUGCUGCUGGAAGUCAGCCGUGUGGUUCCCCUCUACAGCCUGGUCCAAGAUAACGUCACCAAAGAGGCCUUCAAGAGCGCCACAAUGAGCUCAUACUGGUGUGCUGGAAAGGGCGAUGUCAUUGAUAACUGGUGUCGCUGUGACCUGAGUGCCUUCAGCAAAGAUGGCCUGCCUAACUGCAGUCCCCUCAGGCAGCCAAUUUUGCGUCUAGCCCCUUACCUGGAGCCCUCCAGCACAAUGGUGGCCCUGGAGUGGAUGGACGUGGAGCCUCUGAUUGGCUGCAAAGUUUCAGAUUACAUCAUCCAGCAUAAACGAGUGGAGGAUCCCUCGGAGGCGGAGGUCUACACAGGUGAGGUCCUGAGCUUGAUGGAUGAUCUGUUCUCUGGACUGGGAUCACCCUGUGUUGUUGCGGGACGGAGGAGCGGGGAACAUCCUCACUCUGUGUUAUAUUCAGUGGUCUUCAAGUGCCUGGAACCCGACAGUCUCUACAAGUUCACCCUCCAUGCAGUGGAUAGCCGAGGCAGCCAGUCGGAGUCAAGCUUUGUCUCAGUACGGACAUCUUGUCCAAUGGUGGAUGACAGUAGAGCUGAAGAGAUAGCAGACAAGGUGUACAACUUGUAUAAUGGCUACACUAGCGGCAAGGAGCAGCAGAUGGCCUACAACACACUGAUGGAGAUCUCGCCUCCGCUACUGUACAGAGUGCAGCAUCACUACAACUCCCAUUAUGAGAAGUUUGGAGACUUUGUGUGGCGUAGUGAGGACGAGCUGGGUCCCAGAAAAGCCAACCUGAUACUUCAUAGGGUGGAGAAGAUAAGCCACUACUGCCGGUCCCUCCUGCGCAGCACCCACAUCCAGAGCCGCACCGACACCAUGGCAUACGUCUACUGCAGGAGCGAAGAGGGCCGACCUCCCGGUAACACGUGGCACAGCUCUUUACACGAAAGUCGCACCACCUGUAUGGAAAAGCUGAUAUCUGUACAGCGAAACACUUACAGCAACACCAAACUCCGAUGAGACUGGAAUUUGGAGACGAGUGGUGCGUUGUUGUUUUUUCCCACUGCAAAAUGACAUCACUGACUAAUGUACCUCGUCGACCUCUCCGCAGCAGGCGUCUCUCAAGUGACCAGGGGAUUUCAAAAACCAGGAGAGCCUGAAAAACCUCAGAAUUCACUGGACAUUGUGUUAAAAGCUACUGAGAAACCUGUUUUUCUGUGGCUUACUUUUACAAUGAGACGGAUGAUGAUGAAAAAAAAAAACCUUCAGCGAGCAUAUUUCUCAACAGCAAAAUGGCAGUGAUUGCACAUAUCAAUGAGAAACUGCAGUGUGAACAUGUAAAAUAUCAUUCAGCCAAGAGAACAUCUGGUUGGCUUAAAUACUUUGAAUGUAAUAUUGUAGUUCCCUUUUGGUGCUUUGAAGCUUACCUGGAACACUUUAAAAGAGAAAAAAAAUGAAAAAAAAUCCACAGCAUAACUUAUUUGCCUUUACUAGUUUCAGUUUGAAAGAGAAAUUGAAAUGCGUUAAAGCCAUUUGAAAUGUUUUCCUUUUUGCACAAGUGAACAUGAAUAUAUAAAAAAAAGCUUUGUUUCAUGAAUUUAAAUUCCAGUAAGUGAGAACAAUGCAGUAAGUCUUGUAAUGCUUCUGACAGAUUCAGUGGAAAUAACAAGGCUUUAUGUGGUAACAGCGUUGGCAGAUAGGCUACAACAGCCUGUGGAAAAUUAUGCAAAGACAGAAUGGCUGGAAUUCAAACAUCAAUUUCAUUCAUGGGCUCUUGCUAAGCGCUAAUGCUGACACAGCGAUUCUUUUGUCUUCAUUUUGUUUUUCAAUACCACAGUACCGAAAAUAAAUAUCAGAUAUUAACUCAUGUCAAGGACAGUUACUUCUCCGAUUAAUUGAUGGACCUCAAGACAAAAAAGAUACAAUGCUUUUGCCACAUGGUGAUGCAAAUACACGAUGAUGUGUUGGAUUUUACUGGUGACUUGACAGUAAAGUCACAAUGUGAUUGCAUUAUAAUAACAGGCAGAGGUAGGCACACAGUUAAUCAAAACUCUGUUAACUGUUAAUCCGUUCACAAUGACAUUGACUUUGCUAUCAGUUAAUUCUUCAAGUAAUUAACUGAAUAAAAACAUUAACUUUUCACAAUGUCAAUAGAUUCUAGUUCCUAAGAUUUCGAAAACUACAAAUGACACACAUGUAUUGAAAAUCUACAAACGAUAGAAACUUAGUGAUAUAUCACCUCCCCCGCUGGUGGUUAUUGUGUUUUCUCAUGAUCGCCAUCAUUUAAACAACUGCUCUGUGCUAUUCUUGGAUAGAAAGAUAUGAUUAUUUUGAUUUAAAUCAUGUAAACCAUUUUAAGAUCCAACCAACACAGCAGCCACAAUCUACACAUCCGUCAGACCAUCGACAACCAAACAAGUCUUUCUGAUUCACUUUUCUUACCAUCUAAUGGUCUAUUGUACUCUGUAAGUCAUAAUAUUAAAACAAGAACAGUCCUGCUGCAUCGCCAAGGGUCCCCAUGAUUCAAAUCCAGUAGAAGAUUUAAUCCAAACACAUUGCAUCCAUGAAGAUCUACGGACUGCUGUUCCAAAUGUUCAACUGUCUUCUCUGUACUAAUUCAUGUACUCUGACCUUUCGAUAAGGGGAAAACAAUCGGGUUGGCACUCUCGUCUCUUUGGAAAGUCAGGAGCAAAUGAGGUCCGCUAACUUGAGUUUGCAAAAUUGAAUUAAAGUAAAGCAAUUGGCGUUAACAGAAACCAAAUGUACCAGAAGUUAAAUGUUUCAAUAAUCAUUUUUCAAAUUAACAUCCACAUUAAAAAUUACAAAAGAAAGUCAUACACGAUAAUUAAUGAUUAACAGACAUGACAUAAGGAAAGUCAAAAUAAAGUAGAGACAUUUGUAGGAUAUGUUCUGGUGUCCAAAAUGUUAACAUGAGGUAUUGUCCUCCUUUCAUUUUCAAUCCAAUGCCAUAUCUUCAAAGCCAUGGAUAUUGUUUUGAUGAUGAUAAACAAUGCCUUUUUUUCAAUACUUUCAUGCCAUGUUAUAUGAAUUGUAAGAAUAAAUUAUUAUAUUGUACAUUUUAAAUUGUAAAAAGAAAACAUAUGUAUUAUUAAGUGGCUUUGAUUGUCUUUUUUCUGAAGAAUGUGAAAUAAUAAAUAUGUAUAUAAAA